AUGUCUCUCUCCAUCUCCCUAUCACCGACCCCAGGCUUUUGCGUUAAGUCCAAAGCACUCACCCCAGUAGCAACAAAGGUCUUUAUCAACAUCGCAUGGGACAAGAACGUUCCUUCCCCACCCAAAUCCAGCGAAGAGGACAUUCAACGCGCGAUGAGCGGCGAUGGUAAUGAGCGUGGUAACCCGUGGUAUGUCCCCGUUGUCGUUUCAGAGCCUAGGCAGGACGUGGACAAAGCCGGUAAUCAGGCACUCGUUUUUGACUGCGUCUAUAACUCCACCCUUAGAUCACGCUCUGUCCGCGAUCCAGAUUUCAAGUCCUUUCUGGUCGAACUAGCGAUCCAACGAAUAGAAGCCCAGUCUAACAUCCCUUUGUCGCGGCAAAUCGCCACUCCUAAUAUCGCUAGCAAGGGGAAGCUUCUUCCACGUACCGUCAACAUCCCAUCUACACUACUGAAAGAAGAUCCUAUCAGCAAGAAACCACUCAUACAAGAGUUGCCUACUGAUGAUCAUGCCAAGCCCAAUCCAAAGGGUAUCUUGAAGCGCUCUUCUCCUAGACCAAAUUCGCUACCACUCGAAUGGUCCUGGUCACGGCUCGAUUCAGGAACCUUGAACAUUGUCUUUCGUGUCCCUAACAUGACACACACUCUGAUUCCCAAAACGACCCUCGAUGUUGAGCCGCGCAGGAUCAUCCUUGCCAUCCCAUCUCACCCGGUUUUGGAUAUUGAUUUAAAUAUAUCGGACGCCGAAAUAACAUCGCGCAUCCAUAACAGCGAAAUCAGGGAUAAAACUGAAGACACCACUCGAACCUUGCUGUUGAAACGACAGCGAGAUUUCGAUGUGGACAAUACAAAAGCAGAGUGGAGGGUUGCCGAGGGCGUGCUUAUUGUAUCUGUGUAGGGACUGUGUGGGUGACCUUACGCGGACAUGACGUACACUAUCAUCAUGCCUCGUCCACUAAACUGCAUUCUGGCCGACUCGGUUUUGAAUUGUAGAUAAGGUAAAGUACACACAGGCUACACAAUGGCUGCGCGCCAAGCAGAAAAGAAGAAAAGUUAGUAGUGUCCUUGGCACAAUCAAUGGAGUACAUAUAGGCUAUAGAUAGCUACUCGAACCAUAAGGUUCAUCGCGGG